ACUCUGUUCACCUCCAACAGAGAAACUUUCCUGGAGUUCUCAGGCUCUUCAGACUGCGGACGGAGUCAAAUUCUGCACAGAGGAAGCGGCAGAAGCUCGGAGGCCCUCCAUGCUUUAAGAGGACAGAGAGCGGAGCUACAUUUACUUCUACACACGAGAAACGUUUAUGUUACAUGCCUUACUUUAUUUCAAACGUUUCAAAGUUUUUCUUGGGUAACGUUAGCUUAUGUAGUGCAUUCCCAUACCGGGCUGGAGGUCGGUGCCUACAGGAAUAUGCUUAGGAAUACAAUCGUUUUCUUUAGCCUACUCGUAAAACGUGAAAGGAGUGUUUCACAAAGCCGAAAGUAACCGGGACCUCUUUUUUCCACCAAAAACUUUAACUUCCUUUUUCACUGUGGAUAUGGCUUGGAUAAGAUGGGGCCUCUUAUUUUCGUUGGGUUUGUUUCUCUCCCCGGUAUGCGUGUCAGCGGAGCAGCGGCAGAGCCAGAGCGGCUUCAGGAGGCUGUACGUGCUCCAGCCCGGGCCGGGGCCGGGGUCGGCCGGAGCGAACGGCGGGGUGCGAGUCAGCUCCAUCUCGACGCAUCACAGCGCGGCGGGGCAGCCGCACACGUACAACGUGGAGCUCACCGCCAACUUCGGAGGCCAGGUCAGGACCCGCAGGAUGGGGAACCAGGCGGCGUCAACCCCACAGUUCAGUCACCAGCAGCCGGUGGUCCGGCAGAGCGGACUGGAGCAGAGCCAGCAGAAGCAGCUCAUGAUGUCUGGGGUGAAUGUCUGUGGGGGGCAGUGCUGUCAUGGAUGGAGUAAAGCUCAGGGAUCGCAGCGGUGCACUAAGCCCAACUGCAUCCCUCAAUGCCAGAAUGGAGGAAUGUGCCUCAGGCCUCAGCUCUGUGUCUGCAAGCCUGGCUCAAAGGGGAAGGCAUGCGAACAGAAGACGGUGCCCACACAGCCCUUUCCAGCAGUGCCUGGGAAUGGGCCCACCAACGGGCACACCACUGCAAACUCAAAUGGACACACUAAUGGACACAAUGUGGUACCCCAGCGGCCCAUACCUCAGCAAGUUCCUCCUAAUGGUUAUGGCUCUGCCCCCACUCCCUCCAACAACAUGGCCCAGAUGAAGCUAAGUGUCAAGCCGGCCCCCCAGCUUGUACGACCGCAUUACAUCCAACAGCACAUCCAACAACAGAUCAGGCCCAUGCCCAUGCACCCAGGUCAGAGCCAGCAGUAUAUUGUAAAGCCCAAAUACUACCACACACACACCACGCACACACAGACGCAUGUCCAGUCCCAACCUGAGCGGCCUAUCCCCCUCACAGUGGGACACAACCCCAUCCAUGUGGGGAACCAUACAGGAAGGAUCAAGGUGGUCUUCACACCAACUAUCUGCAAAUUAACCUGCGUAGGAGGCAGAUGUCACAACAACUGCGAGCUGGGAAACACCACCACCAUCAUCAGUGAGAAUGGCCACGCUACAGACACCCUGACAGCACCCAACUUCAGAGUAGUGGUGUGUCACCUGCCGUGUAUAAAUGGUGGGAAGUGCAGCACCAGGGACAAGUGUCAGUGCCCUCCCAACUUUACUGGAAAGUUCUGCCAGAUGCCCGUUCAGAACGGACACCAGCAGACGUCAGGUGGCUACAGCCAACCUCAGGUCCACUCCACACACACAUUGCCUCUGACCUACAGCAACGGCCAGAAUCCUGUGUACAGCCCCAGCAUUGUCAACAUCCACAUCAAACAUCCUCCAGAGGCCUCUGUCCAGGUGCAUCAGGUGUCUCAGCUGGAUAACUACCAUAACAAUGGGCACCAGCUGAAGGGUUCCCAGUCAGGCUCCUCUUCAUCUUCUAGCUACACCUAUCACCACACAGAGAGCAGCCAGAAAAUCCAGCACCACGGCUACAAUAUACUUUAUCCCGGCCAGCAUGGCUACCAGGUCCCCCAGUACCAGCCCGUCACCUCCAAGAACACACUGGGUCGCUGCUUUCAGGAGACUGCAGGCAGUCAGUGUGGGAAGGCUUUGCCAGGUCUCACUAAGCAGGAGCAGUGCUGUGGGACCAUUGGGACAUCCUGGGGUUUUCACAAAUGCCAGAAGUGUCCAAAGAAACCUUCUAUUCCUCUCAUAGAUUGUCCUCCAGGUUACAAGAGAAUCAACAGCUCUCAUUGCCAAGAUGUAGAUGAGUGCCAGCUACAGGGUGUGUGUCCUAAUGGAAACUGUGUGAACACCAUGGGCAGCUACAGGUGCAUGUGUAAACCUGGCUAUGUCCCUGACCCCACGCUUACAACUUGCAUAUCCAACACACCUGCCAUCCAAGAGGAGAAGGGGGCUUGCUUCCGUUUGGUCAGCUCAGGGAGGCAGUGUUUGCACCCAGUUUCUACCCAGCUGAGUAAACAGCUCUGCUGCUGCAGUGUGGGCAAAGCCUGGGGCCCGCAUUGUGACAAAUGCCCCCCUCCAGGAACAGCUAAGUUCAAAGACAUCUGUCCUGGUGGAAUGGGCUACACUGUUCUACCAAAUCCGCCUGUCAAUAAGCCGGUCACCGUAUACCAGGAGCCCGUGGACCCACAACUCCCCCAACCUCUGCCAACACCAGAGAGACCAGUGGAGGCCUUUGGGAAACCAGACGAUAUUAUACCAGUAGCAACAGCUGCACCAGAUCAGGAGCUGGUAAUUCCUGUGGUUAGUAAUAGGCCAAUAGUUGAACCUAUCCUGCCCCAGCUAUCUCCGGGUGUAUCCACUGUCAAGAUCGAGGCAGCCUACCCAGAGGUUGUUGAGAGGAGCUCUCCACCUGCCCCAGUCGAGAUCCUCCCUUCUAAUGCAGGCCAGGACAUCGCUCCCACCCAGUCAGCCGAGGUGGAUGAGUGCCAGAUCAACCCUUAUAUUUGUGGUCCUGGGAUUUGUUACAACACAGCUGAGGGUUACACCUGCCACUGUAAUGAGGGCUUCCGCCUGGAUGACGCCCACACCACCUGUGUAGAUCUGGAUGAGUGUUUGGAAAGCCCAUCUUUGUGUUCUGGUGGUCGCUGCAAGAACACAGAGGGCAGUUUUCUGUGUGUGUGUCUGCAGGGGUUCCUCGUCAGCGAAGAGGGAACAAGUUGUGUUGAUAUAGAUGAGUGCCAGGAUCAGCGGGUCUGUACCAGAGGCCACUGCCAGAACACUGAAGGCUCCUUUAUCUGUCAGUGUGGGCCAGGCUUCAGAGUGUCCGCGGCUGGAGACUAUUGUGAUGAUGUGGAUGAGUGUUUAGAGGAAGCCAGGCCCUGUGAUGCUGUAGGGGAGUGUGUUAACAACGUGGGCUCCUACACCUGUACCUGCCCCCAGGGAUACCGACAGAUCAACGGUACCAGCUGUAGAGAUGUUGAUGAGUGUAUGGAUGAUCCAGAGCUCUGUUCCCCCCAUGGCGACUGUGUCAAUACAGAGGGAUCCUAUUUGUGUGUAUGUGAGAGCGGAUUCACUGCCAAUCUGGACACGCCCUCCUGCGAUGAUAUUGAUGAGUGUGGGCUUAAUGAGACACUCUGUGGCCCUCAUGGCUUCUGUGAGAACAGACUGGGCUCUUUCCGAUGCCUCUGUGAGCAGGGCUACCAGGAGUCCCAGGAUGGCCAAGGCUGUGUGGAUGUAAAUGAGUGUGAGCUGCUGAGCAGUGUGUGUGGAGAGGCCCAGUGCGUGAACACUGAUGGUUCCUUCCUCUGCGAGUGUCCCAGAGGCCAGGACUAUAAUGUCAUGAUUGCCAAGUGCGAGCCCGUUCCCACAGGGUCAUCAGUGGAGCUGAAGGAGUGCUACUAUCGUCUGAAUGAUGAGAACUUGUGUGAGAGUGUGCUGACCAGCCAUGUCACUCUGCAGGAGUGCUGCUGCACAUUAGGUGCUGGAUGGGGUGACAACUGUGAGGUGCAUCCCUGUCCCGUCAAUGGCACAGACCAGUUCAAUCAGAUGUGUCCAUCUGGAAGAGGUUUUAUUCCCAAUGGAGAUUCACUGUACGUACCCACAGCUGCCAGCUACAAAGAUGCAGAUGAAUGUACACUGUUUGGCCAGGAGGUGUGUAAAGGAGGCUUCUGUUUGGACACAGUGGGCAGCUACGAGUGUUAUUGCAAGACAGGACAGGACUACGACCCCUCUAAACUGGAGUGCAGAGACAUCAAUGAGUGUCUUGAUGACUCGGUGUGUGUUGGUGGACAGUGUUUGAACACAGAUGGCUCAUACAUGUGUUUCUGUACACAUCCCAUGGUGUUGGACCCAAACAGUAACCACUGUGUCUUCGUUCCUGGGGUGGCUGAGCAACAUGAGACGGAGCAGAUAGACUACCAGGGUAUCUGCUGGCAGACGGUAACAGAAAGCAUGACGUGCACACAGCCGCUAGGUCCCAACAGGAAGACCACAUACACAGAGUGCUGCUGUCUGUACGGAGAGGCCUGGGGCAUGGACUGUGCCCUGUGUCCGCCCAGAAACACUGAGGAUUAUGCUUCUAUGUGUAACCUUGAUGGGCGGCGGUCAUAUGGUCAGGAUGCCCUUGUUGCCAGCCCAGUCCAUGAAUAUGAAGUGAGCCCAGAUUAUUCACCUUCACCAGAGCAGCAGGCUGUCCUGCCAUUUUACGACAAGGAUUACCCAUUCAAGGCAUUUGAGGGUUUGCGAGCAGAGGAGUGUGGGAUACUGAAUGGCUGUGAGAACGGUAGGUGUGUCCGCGUUCAGGAGGGCUACACCUGCGACUGCUUCGAUGGAUACACCCUGGAUCUGUCCCGCAUGGCCUGCAUUGAUGUGAACGAGUGUUCAGAGCUAAACAAUCGGAUGUCGUUGUGUAAAAAUGCAAAGUGCAUUAACACAGUGGGCUCUUAUCAGUGUGUGUGUCUGCCAGGCUUCACUGCCUCUGACAAACCCAACUACUGUGUGGAGGCAGCAACACACCAAACAACACACACAGUGAGUGUGGAUGGACACUAGGGGCUGACAAGAGACACUACAACCACACGCACAAGCUUGUAUUACUAUACUUGUGAGGACGUCCACUGACAUUCAGCCACUGCAAAACCCUCAACAGUAACCAUAAAGUUCAACUCCCUAGUUUGGUUAAAGUGUCCAGCAGCGCUCCUAAAUCCCAAAACACUUCACAGCUGAUCAGCUAAAGUGAAUGGGAAGAAACCUAGACAUUUUGCGGUCAUAUAACAAAACCAGGGAGUAUACCUUUGAACUGUUGAAAAUCUAUUCAUAAUUUGCCCCAAAUCUAAAUCAAACCUCAAAAACAUCAGCCUUAAACCUUGCCUUUGAAUUAAUAUUAUCAUUAUUGGAAUUUUACUCCAUAAUUUAAAAGUAAUCCAAGUCCAGAUCUGCUGUUCACCAGUGUCACAUAUUUUUUUCAACACUAUGGACUUUUUUUUUAACAGGACUUUUGUUGUAUUAUGUCUUUCAUCAUUUUAGUGGUUUUUGAAUGUGGACCUUUUUAAGCAAACCCUGCCUAAAUGUUAUAAAGUGCUCCCAAUUGUUGUAACAAGCAUAAUAGUAUAAUUUUUUAUAAUUUUUCACUGACUGUAUAUUGUAACUUGCUCUGGUUUCUUUAGUUCUUUAUCCACACUCAUAUGCUGUCAUUUUAAAAUGCAUAAAUAUUGCUACGUUAAUGCCUAGCAUCCACGCUACUUUGGAACCCCUAAAAUAGAGCACUUUGAAAUUGCCAUUGACCCUAUAUCAGUUUGCGAACCCCAGGGUUUCAUUUUAGUCUAUUUGCUUUUUUAACAAUACCCCCCUCCCUUUUACUGUCAAAUAUUUGCAGGACUGUGUUGUAACUUAGUGGCUUGCAUGGCUCCAUAAAUUUGCAGAGCACCACCUACUCAUAGCAGCAGGCAGCUUUGCAGCAGCGCCGCAGCAGCAGUAUGAACUGCAGCAGUUCAGUGAGGUAGCUGUCCCAUGCGGUUCACGCAGGCAGUGUGGCCUGGGUGUUAUACUUAUGUAAUACCUACUUACGUAUACUUAUGUAUACUUUCAGUAAAGGUUCCACCUUGUCUUCGGUGGUACUUUUCGCCAUGUCCAUACUAUUUUCUGUAACUAAGCAACCAACUGCAGCGUAGGCAAUCUGCUUCCUGUUUACACCAGCACGUGCAUGCCCAGUGUACAUGACUGGCCAUGUGACAUGCGCUGUCAGGCGUGUUAGUAUAGACAGAGAUUAUUUCUAAAAUGGUGCUAAAAUGCUAGUGUCUAUGGAGGUCAUUUUCAUUUUAAAAUGAAUGUAUUAGUGUGGAUUUGGCCUUAGUUGAAUUCUUUCCAAGAGUUAGAUGGCAGAUUUCAUGUUUGUGCUCUGUCUAUGGAGCUAGCUAGGCUUACCAUGAAGACUCAAAGCAACCUUGGUCUUUAUGCUCUGCUGUACUUACACAGACAUGAGAGUGGUAUAAAUCUGCCUAUCUUGCUAUCAUAAAGAAAGUGAAUGAGUGUAUUUUCCUGAAAUGUUGAACUCUUCUUUAAUUAUGAAUGAGUAGUGAUUGAUAGAAUAUUGAUCCUAAUUAUAUGGUAAAGAGUCAGUUUGGAUAACAAAAUGCAGAAGUCAAAAAAAGGAAGAAGGCUAAAGCACGACUCACCUCCGGUCUGCAGUUAUUCAAGGUUUAAGAAAUGUUCAUAGUAAAAGUGUCUGAAUCAGAAUGGGGCCAGUAGCACUUAUGAAUAUUAGUGUGUUAAUCACAAAGCCAUAAAAAUGUGCACAGAGGCUGUUUUAUUAUUUUUGUUUGAACCUCCUCCUACCAUACUGUCACUCAGCUCUACAAAUAUUAAACAUAUAAAUUAUUAUUGCAAGGAAUCACUGUUAAUGUUACAAGUUCCACCUGUGCAUUUACUGCAAUGACAAGUCAAAAUAUCUGCUGUGUAAACUGUCUCUCAUUCCAAAUUUCUUUCUAAUGUUCCUAUGAAAUGUAAUGCAUUGCAUUCUGGGACAUUAAGAAGGGAUACCAGACUCCAAGAUGGUGUCCUUUCAUUGGAAUGAAAAUGGUUUUCUGAGCACAUGAGCCAAAAACAAUUUCUAGCUUCCUUAAACACUUACAAAUAGCAAUUCAAGGCUCUGGGGAAGUUUUACAAGUAUAAAACCCUCUUAAAUUAAAAUGAACAAUACAAAGAGUAAUGUUAUUUCUUGAAAUUUCCGGUGGUCUGUUUACAUGGUUACAGGCCUGUCUUUUUUAAUGGACAAAAGUCAGCCUGUUGAUGGUGUUAAAGGAAAGAGGAUAAUAAAAGUCACCCUCUGGGGAUCAUGAAUGUCUCCAACAAAUUUCAUAGAAAUCCAUCCAAUAGCUGAGACUUCUUCAGCGUAAUGACCAGCUGACAUUGCAAACCCUUUAGCCCAACCGCUAGCAUGGCUUAUAGAUUUUGCUUGAAAAAAAUCCUUACAAAAUUUCUAGCAACAUAUUUGUUAUACUCCCUGAGUAACUAACCUAUCUCUUCCCUACACACAUGAUGUAGUGUCAGAAUGAAUAAUAAUUAGUGAGGGGUUUUUUU